AAUGACACAUGGGGACAGCAGUACUCCUACGCACUUUUCAAAGCUAUGAGCCACAUGCUGUGUAUUGGGUAUGGCAUGUACCCCCCUGUGGGCAUGACAGACGUGUGGCUGACCAUCCUCAGCAUGAUUGUGGGUGCUACCUGCUACGCCAUGUUCGUGGGCCACGCCACCGCGCUAAUCCAAUCUCUAGACUCAUCUCGACGGCAGUACCAGGAGAAGUACAAACAGGUGGAGCAGUACAUGUCCUUCCACAAGCUGCCAGCAGAUAUGAGGCAGAGAAUCCACGACUACUACGAGCACCGUUACCAGGGCAAGAUGUUUGACGAGGAGAGCAUCCUUGGAGAGCUGAAUGAGCCGCUCCGAGAGGAAAUCAUCAACUUUAACUGUCGAAAGCUGGUGGCAUCCAUGCCUCUGUUUGCCAACGCCGACCCCAACUUUGUCACCUCCAUGCUCACCAAACUGAGGUUUGAGGUGUUCCAGCCUGGAGAUUAUAUCAUCAGGGAGGGCACCAUCGGCAAAAAAAUGUACUUCAUACAGCAUGGGGUUGUCAGCGUACUAACCAAAGGCAAUAAAGAGACCAAGCUUUCAGAUGGUUCCUACUUUGGAGGGUCAGAUAAUGCGUUGGCCUCCCAUGGUCCCAUAGAGCCUGUGACACAUGUAGGAGACAAUGCUGCC